AACGAGGUAGAGCGAUUUCGUUCAGUCCGCGUCGAGUUGUUUAGUUUGAUCGGUCCCGGAGGUCCUCGGUUCUAGCACCCGAUCCCUUCGUUUUCCCCAUCGAUGACACAGGCUCGAUAAGAACGAGCAAAGUCGUCGAUCGUUCCACGAUCAAUCCACACCAGCUACCUCGGUCUCGAUCGGGACUGCGUGAUCCGCGAGUGCUGCCUCUUGCAUGAAACUCACCGUCCAUAGAGAUCACCAUGGCAACCUUGCUUAGACGAUUCUACCAUGGCUAUCGCUACAUCAACGACGAACUAUCAGAUCCGCGGACCCAGGACUUCUGGCUGAUCGGCUCGCCGUGGGUAAUGUUGAGCAUAGUGGCGAUGUACUUAUACUUCGUGCAGGAUCUAGGCCCGAAACUGAUGGCGACGAAGCGACCCUUCAAUUUGCACAGGGUGAUGCAGAUCUACAACGUUGUGCAGAUUGUACUUUGCGCGUAUCUGCUAUUCAAGGCGAUGACCCUGUCCUGGAUGGUAGACUUUAAUUUCUUUUGCCACGUGGUCGACUACUCGCCGGAGCCGCGACAGAUCGAAAUUGCCAAGACGGUCUGGUUGUACUUCAUGGUAAAGCUGUUGGAUCUGCUCGACACGGUGUUCUUUGUUCUGCGGAAAAAAGAGAACCAGAUAUCGUUCCUGCACGUCUAUCAUCACGCCGGGAUGGCGUUCGGCACGUGGAACGCCGUGAAAUUUCUGGCUGGCGGACACCUUAUCUUCCUAGGAACAAUCAACUCGUUCGUGCACGUGGUGAUGUAUAGCUACUACCUGGCGACGUCAUUCCGCAUGAGCAGACCCUGGUGGAAGAAGCACAUCACCCAGCUGCAGCUGUUCCAAUUCUUCUUGCUCCUGGUGCACGACCUGACCCUGGCGUGGCAGACGGAUUGCCACUUCCCGAAGUGGACGGUGGUGGUGUUGAUCCCGCAGAACGUGUUCAUGAUGGUGCUGUUCGGCGACUUCUACUACAAGUGCUACAUCAGGAAGUCGCAGGCGAAGGUCAGCCAGAACGGCGUCACCGCGGAAGCGGCGAACGGGAAGCUGAAACACAGCCAGUAGGAGUUGUCGCGGGAAACCAAUGUGUGUCUAUAGGGCCCGUUGCCCGAAGGCACCAGGGAACACCCAGGGAACCACAGAACCGGUCGCGAACACUCCACCCACAACUUCCGGACAGCUGAACGCCCACGCGGGAACGCACGCUCCGCGAACGGGAAGCGUUCGCGUGACACCACCGAGUUACAGUUAGCUCAGUCUUAGGGGGACAUGACCCUGAUCUGGUCCAGUUGUCACGAUUCAUUCUGCCAGCACAAUCGACACACCCUCGCUCCGCGCCGCGACGCUUAUCCAGGCAGCUGACCGUCCCGACUCUGUUCUCGGAUUCUUCCUUCUCCUAUUUUCUUCCGAACCGUGGUAGACGCUUCCAGAUCCUUCUGUUGUUUGAUCUUCUAGACUGCGAUAGACAUGAGGCUAUUUCGAAAGAGGAUAGCUCCUUGUCGUGUUCUAUGACCCCCUUGUUCCUGUUCUAUGCUGACAAUGAGGUUAUGUUGGACAUACAUUGCUGUAUACAUGACAUUAUUUCACACGAGGACAGCUCCUUGUCUUAUUCUAUGGUCCCCCUGUUCCUGUUCUAUGCUGUCAAUGAGGUUAUGUUGGACAUUACUAGCUCCUUGUCCUAUCUGAUGAUCCUCUUAGUUCUGGAUUGCUGUAUACAUGACAUUAUUUCACAUGAGGACAGCUCCUUGUCGUGUUCUAUGGUCCCCUUGUUUCUGGUCUAUGCUGUCAUUGAGGUUAUGUUGGACAUUACUAGCUCCUUGUCCUAUCUGAUGAUCCUCUUAGUUCUGGAUUGCUGUAUACAUGACAUUAUUUCACAUGAGGACAGCUCCUUGUCGUGUUCUAUGGUCCCCUUGUUUCUGGUCUAUGCUGUCAUUGAGGUUAUGUUGGACAUUACUAGCUCCUUGUCCUAUCUGAUGAUCCUCUUAGUUCUGGAUUGCUGUAUACAUGACAUUAUUUCACACGAGGACAACUCCUUGUCUUAUUCUAUGGUCCCCUUGUUCCUGGUCUAUGCUGUCAAUGAGGUUAUGUAGGACAUUACUAGCUCCUUGUCCUAUCCGAUGAUCCACUUACUUCUGGACUGUGCUACCGAUGUGACUCAGCUAUACAGUUCUAGCUUCUUGUCCUCUUCGAUGAUCCUCUUAUUUCUGAACUGUGCUACUGAUGUGACUCAGCUAUACAGUUCUAGCUUCUUGUCCUCUUCGAUGAUCCUCUUAUUUCUGAACUGUGCUACUGAUGUGACUCAGCUAUACAGUUCUAGCUUCUUGUCCUCUUCGAUGAUCCUCUUAUUUUUGAACUGUGCUACUGAUGUGUCUGAACUAUAUAGCUCUACCUUCUUGCCUUCUUCGAUGAUCCUCUCACUUCUGAACUGUGCUACUGAUGUGACUCAGCUAUAUAGCUUUAGCUUCUUGUCCUCUUCGAUGGUCCUCUUAUUUCUGGACUGUGCUACUGACGAAACUUGGCUAGAGAGUUCUUCCUUGUCCUACCUCAUGGUCCUCUAGUUUCUGAUAUCAAUGAAACCAUGUUGAACGUGGCUAACUCCUUGUCCUAUCUGAUCCAUCUGCUUCUAAACUGUUUCAGAGAUGAGGCUACAUUAGACAUCGUUAACUGCUUGCUGCAUUUGAUUCUCUCGUUUCGAAACUGUGUUAGAGAUGAAGUUACAUUAGAGAUUCUUUUAACUCCUUUUUCCUAAUUGAUCCGCACUGAUUGAUCCUCUUACUUCCAGAGUGUUUCAAAGAAGAUGCUGCAUUUAGACAUUGCUUCUUCUUUUCCCUGAUCGGUCCUCUUACUUCCAGACUGUUUCAGAGAAGAGACUACAUUUAGACAUUAUCAGCCCGUUGUCCUAUCCCAUCCUCUCGCCACUAUACCGUGACAAGGAUUAAGUAAUGUGGUACAUUUCCAGCUCGAUUCUCUUCCUCGCACCAUGUUAAACUCUUCCUUAAUCGAUCCUCCGGCUUCGAGACUGCGUUAGAGACUCCGAUUGCUCAACAAGACAAAGAUAGAACGGAUUCAGCAGAGAACGGAGAAUGGAACGACCAUUUCGGGACAGCCAGCAGCCGUGGCAACCUUGAAAAAGAUUCACGAGCCUGUUCACAGCAAACCACAGAUCUCUCUUUCUCUCUAUCAUUUUUUCUAUUUAAGAUCGUUCAUCAUCCUCUCGCUACUUUAUCACCCAUGCAUGCACGGCCAGGUGCGCGCGCACGGUUCGCACGAUCCCUUGGGCGGACGUUAGUGUAAUAUAAUAUAGCGUUAGUAUGUAAGGCCUGUCGCAAGUUGCUAUCCCGGUCGGAAACGGCGAUGAUCGCGAUAGCCGCCUGUUCACUGAAAACAAUAAAAACAUGAGUAACCGCUGGA